CGGUUUGACACUACAGCCUCCCUUUGAAUUUCUUCUGCCUGGGAGCCACUCAGGCGACAAUCUUGCGCUGGUCUCAGGUAGCAUUUUAAGCACCUCAUUAGCUGCGAUUCUGUUGUUCCGUGAAAGAAACGUGCGGCGGGGAUCCACGAACGAAUGUGACUCUCAGGCGCGCAGAGACCGGGCCGACUCAGUACAGGCCGAAGUAGAGAGCAGAGCAAGGGAACGGAAGGGUGUAGGUGAGGGAGGCGAGAAGAACUACGACGCCCAGAGGCCCCGCGAGGUGCGCGCGUGCGCAGUAUAACGCCGGGAGUGUAAUCUGUCCAGUGAACUGGAGCUUCCAUCGAGAAACAGGGAUCCGGGGCGUGUGGUGUGGAGAGGUGGCUAAAGGGCGGAGAGCACCUUCGCGCCCUCCACGACAUGCCGGGGGGGGGUGCAUCUAACUUCCCUCCUGUCUGUAGUCUAGUAUGUAGGGGGGAGAGAUAACUUCAGGUUUCCCCCCUCUGCUCUGAGGUGCGGUGUUUUUCAGCAAGAAGUAACUAGACACUGGAUAGGACAAAGGCUGGUGAUCACAAUCUCGAGAGCAAGCGGCAAAGGCAUUGCCUUUUUCACCGGACCAAGUUUUGGAUGGGAAGUCUAAAGAUGGAAGAGCCAUGGUGGAAAGGAGACCUUGCAGCAGAGAUCCAUCAGACUCUGAGGCUGAAGGAGCUGAAACUGCCUGUGUACAAGGCCCUUUCUCCACAAAUCGGGAUGCGGCGCUAUUUUGCUGACCUCUUGGCUAUCCUCAGCAGCCACUGCCAGCUCUGCCCCACAGCCCGGCACCUUGCUGUCUACUUGCUGGACCUCUUUAUGGACCGCUACGAUAUUGCUGUCAAACAGCUAUAUGUCAUCUCAGUUGCGUGCCUUCUCCUUGCAAGCAAAUUUGAAGAGAAGGAGGACAGAGUGCCGAAACUGGAGCAACUGAACAGAGUUACGUACAUGUGUAGCCUUAACCUGGCGCUAACAAAGAAGGACCUGCUGAAGAUGGAACUGUUGCUCUUGGAAAAUUUUAACUGGAAUCUUUGUCUGCCAACUCCAGCACAUUACAUUGAUUACUACCUCUUUGCUUCUGUUAGUGAGGGUGAUCUGCACAAUGGCUGGCCUAUCACAUCCAUGACCAAAGUCAGAGCUUUCAUGGAGAAAUAUUCUCACUAUUUCCUAGAAGUCUCACUGCAAGAUCAUGUUUUUCUUUCCUUUCGGCCUUCUCUGGUUGCUGCUGCUUGUGUGGGCGCCUCACGCAUCUCUCUGGAGAUCUCUCCCUCUUGGACCACACAGCUCCAGCUGCUGACUUGUUAUUCCCGGGAGCAUCUUUCGCCGUGUAUUGAACUCCUGCUGGUAGCUCAUGAUAAGGACAUCAAAGAAGCCAACAAGGAAAAGGAUCGGGUGACACGGCUGCAGCAGCAGCAGCAAGUUGCGGAAAGCCUAACCCUCCAUGCCCCUACUCAAGUUCUCUUUCAGCAGUCACGGUAUCAUCCCCUGGCUCAGCGUUCAACUGUUCUUUCACAGUUCCACUCUCCAAUACAGGAUCUGUGCUCAACUUACCGGGAUUCUUUACAAGCUCCUCGACUGAGCAGCCUUGCCUCGGGGAAUAGCGAUUCACUGCAUUCAUACUCUACUCUGCAGGCCAGCUUUCAGCCUGUUUUGCAAACCAUGUCCAUUCAAGGGCCUAUCACUAUGCAGGUAGCCAUUUCAACAGAGCCUAGGCACUGCCUCGCUCUGACCUAUGGCAGUAGCUAUUUUAGUGGGCAUCCUUCAUACACAACAGGCUGUUUUGAUGGAUGAGUGCGUACAAAGAAAGGGAGCGAGAGAGGACAGUACAUUUUGGAAGGAAAAACAUUGGUGGCAUGUAAACUGAGUUGCACCUGCCAUCAUUAAAAAAGGAGCUCUGUAAAGCAACAGCUUGCAAAUAGCUUGGACAAAAACAAAUCCAUAAUUAAAACCAGUUCUUGGUUUUCACUUUCAAAACAUGGGUGCCUUUCCUGCAAGAAUUAACAGAAAUGGGUUUUUUUUUAAAAAAAAUGCAAAAACAUACCUCACAAUUCAAGAUUUUGCAAAAGUGACAUUGAAAUUGGGGGGAUGAGAGACUCUCGCCCCAUUUAUUCCUAGAAAAGAUGCCAGUGAACUGGAAAUAAGUCAUUAAAAAGACUACUCAGAAAAACAAAUUUGGAGAAACCUCUGGCCAUCAAGAUAUGCUUGUAUGAUGGCUCCCCUGUGAACACUGUUUAUAGUGGCAGCUCACAACACUGGAACCUUUUGUUGACACUAACAAGGCUUGUGUUUUCUUGAUACCUCUCAAACUGUCUGUGGAUUUUUUUUUUUAUGAAGAAUGUUCCUUGCCUUGCUUUGACUGGAAGUUUCAUAGAACAAGACAUUAUACUUGAACACAAGUGCACAGAAUAGUCAACCACUUUGGCCUUAAUCUCUCUUGAAAUUUGGUGAGGCAUCAGUAGGUGAAAUACCACUUGGGUCUAAUGUUUGUAGUAUUUUUCAAAAAUGCAAUCUUAACCUUACCUCUAAAUAUUUAAGAUGCUGCUGCCUUAAAUAACUAAAAUAUCAUUUUGUUGGGAAAACAUGGUUUACAAGUUACGUCAGGGAUUAAUGUUUACUUGAAAACAAUUCAUUGUGAAAAUAUUAAUAUUGCAGGAAUUGCUGCCUUUUAAUGUAGUAUGUUUCGUCUGGCAGUCUUGAGUUAAAGCUAAAGAUGGAUAAAUGUAUGUGGAAUGAAUGUUGUUGUUUUUUAAAGGGAUUUUUUAAAAACAUUGAUGAGUAUGGGAGUCUGAGGUAAUGUUGGAAACAGGCUAGUCUUAAAAGUUGCUGUUGUUGAACCACUAACUCUAGAGUAACUCUGUUCAUUACAGCCUAUGAAGACAAUGCAAAAUAAUACUAGACUACAGUUUACUUUAAGCACCCCCUUACAGAGCAAAGACCUACUGGUAACAAUGGCCUGAUCACUUGAGAGAGAGUCAGGUUUUGCUCUUGUACAUCCAAAGGCUUCCCCCAACCCCAAAUUUCAUAUUCUAAACACAUGAUUUGGGAGUGGCACCACGCGUUGUGGGGAAAGCAACGGCUUCCCAACCCUUUGUGGGUUUUUCCAUGUAAAGCAAACCUUGCAUCAUGGUGAGGUACUUGCAGGAGAAAAAAUGGGCAGGUAACUGCUGCUUAAUCCCACCCACUCAUUCCCCCUGCAAAUGCUUCUCCCAGGCCAUUUACACAUCCUCCCCAUUUUAUAGCAGAUACCGAAAUCAAAGGUGAGCCUGACUGAUGGGAAAACAACUGAAGGGAGGGCAUUUGCAAGGAAGAUUCACUUGAUUUGUACAAGUAUCCCACUCAGCCACUUAUUUUUUUUCUGUAACUGCCUUUUUCCACCCUCCACAUUGCAUUACCUCUACAAAUGCAGGUUUGGGAGCAUGGGUUUACCGACAAUUUUGCCUUGUCCCAUUGAUUCGUUUGCAGCUUAGUUCCACAUAUGUGUACUUUAGGAUCAUGAUCUAUACAGUUUUCAUGCGCUUACGCUUCACACAGGACUUCUGUGGGUCCAGUUACAAGAUGUUUUUGACAACUCCUGCUAGAGUGUGAAAUGCUCCUUUGAUAUUCAUCUGUUAUCCUGUCAGUCACUGAAAGCCAGUAUUGUUUGUGGAAAAGGUUCUCAGGAUUGCAAUACAAACUAUGUGCAAUAUAUUGGUUUUAUUCUGUCUAGUGUCCAGUGAGUGUCAUUCUGCUUUUAAGUUAUUAUUUUUUUUAGGAAAAAAUAGUUUGUGGGAGGGUUGUGUUGGAUUUUAGAGUGAGGAAAACCUUUCCCUUGUCAGAGGAAGUCUGUCAAUUGAAGACUGAUGUCUCUAAAGUGAACUGUAGUCUGGGCAUGUCACUUUAAGGUAACAAUAUAUGUAGCAAAACAAAAGUAGGAACUGUUUUGUUCACAGUAGUAUCUUUUUUUCUUUUUGUAUUUAUAUGCAACUUAAUAGCUAUGAUAUUUUGUGUGUUGUAAGCUAACAUUAACCACUUAAUUGUGUAAAAUACUACUGAGGAAGCUCUGGUUGUAGAAUCCAAAAUGUUCAUUUUAUUAUCCCUACAGAGAAGCUUUUUCCCCAAGUUGGCAUUUAUAUCUUAGCGGAAGGUUAUUCAAUAAA